UAUCCUACCAUGUAAACAACACUAAAAUCUAUGUGGCGGAAGCUUACAUAUGGCGGUUUAUUAUUCGUGGCCUGCUUUCUAGUAUUCUCUCUGCAACCAGUAUGAUAUAAUACCGUCGGUUGGUAAAGUGCCGAUAUUUUUCUUUCUCUGUGACAUUCGAAGUUUUCAAGGUAUGCUACAGAAAGCACAUGCUGCAGAUAUUUUUCUGUGAGUAUAAAACUACAAGUAGGUAAGAGAAAGAAAACGUGUCCAUAAGCUGUUGCAUAGUAUCUGCAGUGAUGGCGACUUUCAUUCUACUGUGUCGACGCAUGCCGUUUUUGUUAAAUAUUUUAGAAAUAGUGCAUUAUAGGAUUAUCCCUUGGCAAUUAUUUUAAAUUGCCAUUAACUUAACUCCAUGUGUGAGAGCGACUUAUUUUCAAGUGUCUUCCAGGUGAAACAAAACCUGCUCCAAUCAACACGGAUGCAAAAGAGUGAUGUCUGUUUUACUGCUGUGUAUUGUUGUGGCAGUGCCCUUUCUGGCAUUACUUGUGCUUUUGCCAAUUAUUAAAAACAAGAUGACAGGCAGCGGCAUGCUAGGCAGCAAAGACAUUCCAGGACUGAAAUCUCAGAAUACCAAAAAUGGAAAUCUAGAUUUGGUUAAAAAACGCGGCAGUCUACAUGAAUUCCUUAUAUGGCUACACCAGCAGUAUGGACCCAUAGCAAAGUUCUGGCUUGGAGAACAAAUGGCAGUCAGCAUUGCCUCUCCUCAACUGUUUAAAGAGACCUCGCGUAUGUUCGAUAGACCAGAAGUUUUGAUGCAUAUCUUCAAGCCCUUGUUCACUGAACAUGCUAUCCCGUUUGCCAACAAAGAAGACGGAAAAUGGAGGAGGAACACUUACGAUCCUAGCUACAGUCAUGGAAGUGUGAUGAGAUGUAUAGCAAAAUUCCAAACGCUUGCCGAGGAAUUGGUGGAGAAAUGGUCUCAAACACCACGUGGUGAACAUAUCCCUUGCCGCCAGGAGGCGUUUUUGUUCACGUUGAAGGCCAUAACACAGGCUUCACUUGGAGACUACUUUUUGGAUGAGGAGCAGAUCAUACAAUUUUUGAAGGCAUAUGAUGUAUGUUGGUAUGAUAUGGAAGAGAGACUUACAGGAGAUAUACCACAACCUGGAAGUGAGCGUGAAAAGAAAUUUAACAACGCGAAUAAAUACAUGAAAGAAAGAUUAGCAGCUGCGAUCGACUUAAGACGAAAGACCCCGACCACCGAGAAACGAGAGAUGUUAAUUGACGUCCUGAUUGAGAACAACAUCCCGGAUGACAUGUUGCAGGGAGAGCUGAUUAGCUUCAUCAUUGGUGGAUUCCAUUCAUCAGGAAAUUUGUUAGUGUGGGCCCUCCACUUCAUCUCAGUAUAUACUGUCGUUCAGGAGAAAAUGUUCCAAGAAGUAAAAGCCGUACUGGGCGACACAGGCAAGGUUACACCGGAUAACAUUGCACAGUUGGUGUUCAUCCGUCAGGUAAUGGACGAGACGCUGCGCGUGGCGGUGGUUGCACCUUACGCAGGCCGCUAUGACGAUGAAAAAGACGUCAAACUUGGAGAUUACGUCAUACCAGCUGGGACUCCCAUUCUCUAUGCGUUGGGUGUAGUGCUGAAUGAUCCAACAUGCUGGCCAAAUCCCAAGAAGUUUGACCCAGAUCGCUUCAGUCCGGAGAAGGUGUCAGAGCGCCACCCCUACUCCUUUCAACCCUUUGGUUUUGCCGGCAAGAGGAAGUGUCCUGGGUACCGUUUCGCUUACGCAGAAGUAGCUACGGCACUGGCGAACAUUCUGCUGAGGUUUCAGGUGCAUGAGGUCAAAGGUCAGAAGGUCAAGGCCAAAUAUGGACUAGUUACUACCCCUGAAGACGAAGUCUGGAUAACACUGACUGAGAGAUCCUCCAAUAAUUGA